CACUGGACCUGGCUGGCCCCCCGUCUCGCUCUCUCUCGCUCUCUCUCUCUCUCUCUCUGUGUCCCUUUCGGUCCCCCUCUCAGCUCUCCCUUCACUCCCCAUCCCUCCGUCUGCUGUUAUUCAUCGGUGCGUGUGGGCAAGGAGGGCAAACAUGGAUUCAGUCGUGGUUCUUGUGAUCCUUCUUUUGCAUCCGGGCCUGAAGUGGACAGCUUCUGCCGAGGACGUGAGCUGGACCUACACCGGUCUGGUGGGUCAGUCCCAGUGGUCGGAACACUUCCCGGAGUGCGGCGGCAGCUCCCAGUCUCCAGUGGACGUGGUGACCACUCAAACAAAAUAUGACCCCGGCUUGCCCCCCUUGACCCCGCUGGGCUACAGUCAGCACGGCAACAGACCCUUCACCCUGUACAACAACGGACACACAGCUGUCAUCGAGUUGCCGGACUGGAUGAGCCUGGACGGGCUGCCCUGGCUCUUUUCCGCCGUACAAAUGCACCUUCACUGGGGCAGCGGCGGCCCGAGUUACGGCGGCAGUGAACACACCGUCGACGGCCAGAGCGCUGAGGCGGAGCUGCAUGUGGUGCACUACAACUCCGAACUCUACCCCAACGUGUCCGCCGCCAUGACGCAGAGAGACGGCCUCGCUGUCCUGGGAAUCCUCAUCGUGACAGGCGAGGAGACCAACCCGGCGUUUAACAACAUCAUCAACUACCUGAGCCGCAUCAGACACGCCAACCAGAGAGUUUUCAUUCCGGCCUUCGACGUGCAGACGCUGCUCCCCAAGGAUCUGGAACGCUACUAUCGCUAUAACGGUUCCCUGACCACGCCACCCUGCUUCCAGAGCGUGAUCUGGACACUCUUCCACGAGAGGGUUCACAUUUCCAAAGCUCAGCUGCUGAAGAUGGAGACCAUCCUUUACUCCAGCAAAGCUGACGAAGCAGACAGGAUGCUGCUGCAGGACAACUACCGUGCCACCCAGCCGCUCAACCACAGGGCCGUCUUCACCUCCUUCGACGCAGACUCAGGGAAGGAGCUCUCGUCUGGCGAAGUGACCGCCAUUGUGAUAGGAGUGAUGUGUGGCUGCGUGGGUCUGGCGGUCAUUGUUCGCUUCAUCGUCAAGACCAUACGAUUUUUUACUUUCCUCCGCCAUGAAACCGCUGCAGUAAACAGCUCUACCUCUAGCUGGGACGUCCUUACCAAUAACCGGGCAGCACCGAUGCAAAGGAUGAAAGAGCCCGAGAAGGCGAAAGAGAAGCAGCAGGAAAUGGCUCUCAAUUGCACUUCCCACGCAGAAAGGACGGAGGAGAGAUCAUCCCCGCCAAGCGAGCCCUAGCUUGGACACCAGCGUCCAAGAUGAUGUCUCUUCAGAGGACCGAAAGGCAGGCAAACAAGUCACGAGUAAGAAAAGGCAGCCGUUUGGGUCUGAAAGCGCAGACGAGGAAGGAAGUCAUCUGGACCAAGUCCCUUGAAAGCGGCCUUUGCACGCCACGCACUUGAAUUUGUCACUUAGCUGUACGACCGGUCCCGCCACGUCCGAGAGACGCGUGAAUUGUUGGUGUAAAUACUUUGUACGGCUUUCUUUUCCUUUCUAAUUCAGACGUUUUUCAUCGUAUCCAUCCUGCCUUCCGGCACAAAAGCACGCCGCACUGAAUGAAACGUUAUAAAUGCGUCAUUGUUGGAUUUCGCUCAGGGAUUUGAUCACUGGAGCAGACACAGGCCAGCUCAGUUCAGCCUCCAUGAGCAAUGGGGGGUGGGGGGGCGAUACGGCACCGUUUGGGAGCCGAGGAAAUAUCCCUUUUAUGGACUUAUAUUAAACACACAGAUACUAUUUGUGAGAGUAUCCAUCCAUGUAUCCAUCUGAUACCGAUACUGAUACCACCCUUGGUAUCGAUACGAUACGGUAUUUGGAUCUAUCCGCCCAGCCCUGUGAGCACCGGGAAUGUACAGUAAAAAGUCCAAUCAGCACAUUAUGGUAGAAAUACAGUAUCUGUACAUUAUUCAAGGUACAGUGGAACCUUGGUUAGCAUGUUUUUCCCUGUUUGAUGUUGCCUCGGUUUGAGUACAUUCUCUGGUUAGAGUACAAUACGGCAUUUUGUCGUACUGUUAGUCCAUCUAUAUUCUUAAAAUAUUGUUUUUUGUUAGCAUCCUUUUAGCUAGCUAUAAAUGAUGAAAUGAAAGGGAGAAAUUAACAUAAGUUAGGUUUGACCUCAUUGUUUAUCAUUUAUAUUUACAUGGAUAGUUUUCUGCAUGUCAGACUAUCAAAAUGUGUUUUGUGUUCAUAUUUUGCCGUUCUGGGACAAAUAAUUGGAGUAGGACAUUAUUUGUUAUCUAAAAAAAUAGAUUUGGUUAGCGUCCGUUUCAGUUAAAGUCAAACGUUUUGGGACAAAUGAACUCUAAAACCAAAGUUCCACUGUACUUCUGAUAUGUUACAACUUCUGUCUGGUCUUAAUGUUGAUGUUUUUUCAAUAUGAGCAACACAAUAAAACCUAUAAAAACGAUUUGGACCUCAUUUGAAAGAUAAAAAGUGUACACCAGCUUAUUUGUUUAGCUAACAGUCUCCGCUCUUAGCUGUUAGCAUUAGCUUCAUCGUCGAGUAUUAGCUCUUCACUGGCGCUUCAAAUAUAUAGUUUAUUAUCUACUCUGUUGACCAAGCAGUAGCUGUUGACCCACCCAUAUCAACUGUUGUUU